ACACUGGCCAAGACAACAGUGACCGGAGGACCUGCCUUUGCGGCUCCGAGAGAUCGGAACGCCGCCGCGCUCCGGGACUACAGCCUGUUGCUGGACUUCGAGACUGCAGACGGACCGACCGCUGAGCACUGGCCCACAGCGCCGGCAAGAUGAAGUUCCCUAUGGUGGCGGCGGCGCUGCUGCUGCUCUGCGCGGUGCGGGCCGAGGAGGAGGACAAGAAGGAGGAUGUGGGCACGGUGGUCGGCAUCGACCUGGGGACCACCUAUUCCUGCGUUGGUGUGUUCAAGAACGGCCGCGUGGAGAUCAUAGCCAACGAUCAGGGCAACCGCAUCACGCCGUCGUAUGUGGCCUUCACUCCUGAAGGCGAGCGUCUGAUUGGCGAUGCGGCCAAGAACCAGCUCACCUCCAAUCCCGAGAACACGGUCUUCGACGCCAAGCGCCUCAUCGGACGCACUUGGAAUGACCCUUCAGUGCAGCAGGACAUCAAGUUCUUGCCUUUCAAGGUGGUUGAAAAGAAAACUAAACCAUACAUUCAAGUUGAUAUUGGAGGUGGGCAAACCAAAACAUUUGCCCCAGAAGAAAUUUCUGCCAUGGUUCUCACUAAAAUGAAAGAAACUGCUGAAGCAUAUUUGGGAAAGAAGGUUACCCAUGCAGUUGUUACUGUGCCGGCUUACUUCAAUGAUGCCCAGCGCCAAGCAACCAAAGAUGCUGGCACCAUUGCUGGACUGAAUGUCAUGCGGAUCAUCAAUGAGCCCACAGCAGCUGCUAUUGCGUAUGGCCUGGAUAAGAGAGAGGGCGAGAAGAACAUCCUCGUUUUUGACCUGGGCGGUGGAACCUUCGAUGUGUCUCUUCUGACCAUUGACAAUGGUGUCUUUGAAGUGGUGGCCACGAAUGGAGACACUCAUCUCGGUGGGGAAGACUUUGAUCAGCGGGUUAUGGAACACUUCAUCAAGCUGUACAAAAAGAAAACUGGGAAAGACGUUAGAAAAGACAACAGAGCUGUGCAGAAACUUCGUCGUGAGGUGGAAAAGGCUAAGCGAGCCCUGUCUUCUCAGCAUCAAGCAAGAAUUGAGAUAGAGUCCUUCUUUGAAGGAGAAGACUUCUCUGAGACCCUGACUCGGGCCAAAUUUGAAGAGUUGAACAUGGACCUGUUCCGAUCUACCAUGAAGCCAGUCCAGAAAGUGUUGGAAGACUCUGAUCUGAAGAAAUCAGACAUUGAUGAAAUUGUUCUUGUCGGUGGGUCUACUCGGAUUCCCAAGAUUCAGCAGCUGGUGAAAGAGUUCUUCAAUGGCAAGGAGCCAUCCCGUGGCAUAAACCCAGAUGAGGCUGUAGCAUACGGUGCUGCUGUCCAGGCUGGUGUCCUCUCUGGUGAUCAAGAUACAGGUGAUCUGGUACUGCUUGAUGUAUGUCCUCUUACACUUGGUAUUGAAACAGUGGGAGGUGUCAUGACCAAACUGAUUCCAAGGAACACUGUGGUACCCACCAAGAAGUCUCAGAUCUUUUCCACAGCUUCUGAUAAUCAGCCAACUGUAACAAUCAAGGUCUAUGAAGGUGAACGACCCCUAACAAAAGACAACCAUCUUCUGGGUACAUUUGAUCUGACUGGAAUUCCUCCUGCUCCUCGUGGGGUACCCCAGAUUGAAGUCACCUUUGAGAUAGAUGUUAAUGGUAUUCUUCGAGUGACAGCUGAAGACAAAGGUACAGGGAACAAAAACAAAAUCACAAUUACCAAUGACCAAAAUCGCCUGACACCUGAAGAAAUUGAAAGGAUGGUUAAUGAUGCAGAGAAGUUUGCUGAGGAAGACAAAAAGCUCAAAGAGCGCAUUGAUACCAGGAACGAGUUGGAAAGCUAUGCUUACUCUCUCAAGAACCAGAUUGGAGAUAAAGAAAAGCUGGGCGGUAAACUUUCCUCUGAAGAUAAAGAAACCAUGGAGAAAGCUGUAGAGGAAAAGAUUGAAUGGCUGGAAAGCCACCAGGAUGCAGACAUUGAAGACUUUAAAGCUAAAAAGAAGGAACUAGAGGAAAUUGUUCAGCCUAUUAUUAGCAAACUCUAUGGAAGUGCAGGCCCUCCCCCAACUGGUGAAGAGGAUACAUCAGAAAAAGAUGAGUUGUAGGUGUACUGAUCUGCUAGGGCUGUAAUAUUGUAAAUAUUGGACUCAGGAACUUUCGUUAGGAGAAAAUUGAGAGAACUUAAGUCUCGAAUGUAAUUGGAAUCUUCACCUCAGAGUGGAGUUGAAAAUGCUAUAGCCCAAGUGGCUGUUUACUGCUUUUCAUUAGCAGUUGCUCACAUGUCUUGGGGUUGGGGAAAGGAGGAAUUGGCAAUUUUUAAAAUU